AUGAGUACACACACAAUUAAAAAAUUUACAAGUGAAAAGGGGAAAGCUAUGCUUAGUUAUGAAGGUUAUAUUUAUACUUUAGAACGAAAAAAUGACGUUAAAUUGAUUUUUCGUUGUCAGAACGGAGAUUGCAAAGGUCGUUGUCAUACCAAUCCGACUGUGGAUGUAAUUGUUUCUGCACCUACUGAACACUGUCACGCGUCAAAACCAGAUCUAGUUCCAGUAUUGGAGCUCAAAAAUAAAAUAAAGUCACGAGCUGCUGAAACAGAAGAAUCAUCAAGCACAAUUUUACAUUCUGCAAUGAGAUCUUUUCCUUUAGAUGCCGCCGGUCAACUACCUCAAAGUGAAACCCUUUUGAGAACUAUUCGUCGACAACGUCAAGGGCCACCAAUGAAUUCCAACAAUCAAUUGCCUGAUCAUUUAAAACAAACAGACCGUGGAGAGAACUUCGUACUUCACGAAGAUGAAAAAUUGAUCAUUUUUACCACCGCGACGAAUCUUUCAGUAUUGAAAACGUGUAAACAUUGGUUUGUCGAUGGAACAUUUAAGGAAAAAAAACAACGGACUACGAUCAUUUUUUUUCAACGUAUCAUGGACGAAGAUGAUUUCAAUCCAGAAACAAUACUGAGCGAUUUCGAAGCGGCGACAAUAAAAUCGAUCAAUUCAUUGUUUCCAAACAUUCUUCACAAAGGCUGUUUGUUUCAUUUUGGUCAGUGUAUUUGGCGUCAAAUUCAAACGUUUGUUCCUGUUUUAGAUGCCAUCAAAGCGUUUAAUCUGAUUGCCGACGAUUUCGAAGAUGAAGUCGACGAUUUUCUUGGUUAUUUUGAAAAAAUAUGGAUAGGAAAGCCAGAGAAGAGAGGUACUAGUCGAAAAAAACCGCUAUUUCCAAUAGAAAUAUGGAAUGUUUACGAUCGAGCAGUUGCCAAUCUUCCACGCUCAAAUAAUUCAAUUGAAGGAUGGCACAAUGCAUUCGAGAAACGUGUGGCAAUAGUACAUCCAACCAUUACCAAAUUAACCGAGAAGAUUCGUCGAGAACAAUCCAAAUUCGAAGUCGACAUCGCACAAAUUCGUCAAGGACAAGAACCAAAGCCGAAGAAACUCAAAUAUCGAAAACUUGACGAAAGAAUCAAACGACUGGUCGAUGAUUAUGAAAAUGUUGAUCUUGGUGAGUAUUUGAAAGGGCUAGCUGUAAAUAUGUCGUUGUAA